AUGAAUGAUAUAUAGGCAAAGUUCCCAGAAAAGUUUCAGAGAUCUUUUUAAAUUGAACCAAUUGAAGCACCAACUUGUCAGGAUCAUAAUUAAUCCAUUAUUUCUAAAUCGCCCAUCACUAUUUUGAAUAAAAGGAAUAAAUUUACCUAAGAUAAAAAUGUAUUUUCUAUGUGUUAAAUAUAUUGGCCAUUCCAUUAAUAAGAAAAGUUUAAAUCGCAAGAAACCUGA